AUGUCGUCCACCAGCAACGCCUCCAUUGACAAGUUCAACGGAGAUAAUUACGCAACGUGGAGCCGGUACAUGCGCGGUGUGUUUUUGACGAAGUCCGUCUGGCACGUUGUCAACCGUGAAGUGACUCCGACUUUCACCGACCCGCGAGCGUCCGAUGACUACGUCAAGGCAAGCAACGUCGCGUUUGGUAUGAUGCUGCUGCACAUGAACGCGGACUACCAUCAUGUGCUGGACAACUGCGAGGAAGCCUGGGUUGCGUGGACAAGUCUGAAGACGCUGUACGGUGGGUCGCAGAAGGCAGGACGCAUCUACCUCAAGCGACAACUUUUCAGUAUCAAGAUGGCUGAAGGCGCGAACGUCAUGCAUCACUGCAACGAGGUCCUCAACAUCUCCGCCAAGCUUAGCGGCAUCGGUGCGAAGAUGGAAGACGAAGACGUUGCAAUUUGUCUGCUACUCAGUCUUCCGAAGAGCUACGAAAAUGUGGUGCUCAACAUGGAAAUGAGCAGCACCGAGCUUCGCACUCAAGAUGUGGUGAGAGUCCUGACGAAUGAGCAUGCCAAGCGUCAAGGAGAAAAAGGGACAACGACAGCGACUACGGUGAAGGCUGAAGAUGCAAGCAAGGCAUUCAGCGCCGAGCGUGAGCCCUACCAAUGCACGUAUUGUGGCAAGGUGGGACACACGGUGGAUCGUUGCUGGACAAAGCAGAAGAACGAAGGUCGGGGAGCCCGACGCGGCGGCAAUGGUCGUGGACGCGGGGCUAACAAUGUCCAGUGGGGACAUCAUGAUGAAGGUAAUGGCUACGAUCGAGUGGCGUUUGCAGUCUCGUUCGAAUGUGGAGUUUCGACGAGCAUGGACGUGUCUGGAAUGUGGGCCGUCGACAGUGGUGCAACGCACCACAUUUGCCACGACAAGACCAAGUUCGCAAGUUUGGCAGAGCGCAAUGAGGGCGAACUCUUGGUGGCUGAUGGCAACAAGGUGGCCAUCAAGGGUGUGGGAACCAUAAUGGAAAAGGUGGUUCUGCCCAACGGUGAAGAGCGUGAGAUCGAAAUCAAGAACGCGCUAUAUGUUCCAAGUAUGAGCAAGAACCUGCUCUCGGUACCACAGAUUAACAGCCAUGGCAAGUUUCAAGUCGUGUUUGACGGGUCCAAGAUGUAUGUGACUCUCAAGAACUCACAGCAAGUGGUGGCGACAGCGGAUCUCGUGGAUGGACUCUACUGGCUUCGGACGACUCAACGAUCAGCGAAUGUGACAACAAGUGGAACCAGUUGUGCCGAUCUACAUGCGAGAAUGGGUCAUGCUCCAGUCGAUGUACUUCGCAAGAUGAUCGCGACCAACAUGAUCAAGGAUGUGCGAGUCCCUCUCAACAACCGAGACAAGCGCAGCUACGAUACGUUUGAGCUACUUCAUCUGGACAUCUGCGGGCCCAUGGAAAAGGAUUCGCUCGGUGGCAGCAAAUAUUUGCUGCUGAUCAUCGACGAAGCCAGUGGAUGCAUGAAGGGCUUUUGUCUACGAGUGAAGUCCGAGAGUGAAGACUACAUCCGGAAAUAUAUCACCAUGGUACAGACGCAAUUCUGUAAGAAGGUCAAGUUCGUGCGACACGACGGAGCUCGCGAGUUUGCAACCAACUCGCUUCAACUGUUCUACGAAGACGAAGGCAUUGAACAGCAGACAACGGUGCCGUAUGCACAUCAAACAAACGGAACAGCAGAGCGUGCCAUUAGGACUAUUGUCACGAUCGGCCGCAGCAUGCUUCAUCAUGCCAAACUGGACAAGUGUUUCUGGGCCGAAGCAGCGAUGACGGCCAUCUACGUCAAGAAUCGACUGCCGUCACCUAAAGUCGUGCACAAGACCCCGUUUGAGAUCGUCUACAACUUGAAACCAAGCGUCAAGCACAUGCGAACAUUCGGGUGUCAGACAUACAUACUGACGCCUAAAGAGAAUCGACUCAAGUGGGAUACAAAGGCUCGCGCUGGCAUAUUCGUGGGCUACGAAGAAGUUUCGAAGGCAUGUUGA